AUGGCGAAAAAGACAAAGUCCGAUAAGUCCAAGAGCGCCGACCAAGCGGCUGCCGCGCCCUCUUCCCAGCUCCUGGACCUUGUAGAAAGCUUCCUCUCCGAUAGCUCUCUCACAGCCGCCCAUGAUGCCCUGAAGAAGGAGCGGAAGAGCAAGGGCUGGGCCUCCUCCGGCUCCAAGGGCGCUUCCCUUCCCUACGAUGGCGACGACGAGUCUUCGAGCUCCGACGAAAGCUCCGAGAGCAGUGACAGCGACUCGAGCGACGAGGAAAUGGACGAGGCUCCCGCCGCGGCCCCUGUCGCGGCUGCCCCGCCCGCUAAGAACUUGAAGAGGAAGGCCCCGGCCUCGGAUAGUUCCUCCUCCAGCGAGUCGAGCGACUCCGACUCGUCGGAUAGCGACUCUAGCUCGAAGAAGAAGAAGAAGCCCCAGGCCAAGAAGGCCAAGGUGACCAAGAAGGACUCUGACUCGUCGUCCUCGUCAUCUUCGCAUAGCAGCUCCGAUAGCAGCUCGGAGAGUAGUUCCGACAGCAGCUCCGAUAGCAGCUCUGACAGCAGCUCCGACAGCGGUUCGGGCAGCAGCUCCGACAGCGAUUCUGACAGCGACUCCUCGGCCGUUGCCAAAAAGGCGGCCGCUGUUCCUCUCCCCGACUCCGACACCUCGAGCUCUGACUCGGGCUCGUCUUCCGACUCGUCUUCGUCCGAUUCGGAUAGCGACAGCUCCGACUCAGACGCCAAGAAGGAGGUCAAGAAGGCAUCCAAGACUCCUCUCCCCGACUCGGACUCCUCAUCCUCGGACUCCUCGUCUGAUUCUUCCUCCGACUCCUCCUCCGACUCUUCCUCCGACUCUGAUAGUGGGAUCAAGGCCACUCCUGCCGCCGUCGUUGCCCAAAAGAAGAAGGACAAGGCUUCCAAGGCCUCCAAGGCUGCCCCAGCCUCCGAUUCCUCGGUGACCAUUGGCAAGGGAAGGCGGCCCCAAAACGAACCCUUCUCCCGCAUCAAGAAGGGCCGCCAGGUCGAUGACAGGUUUCACGGCGAAUACGUUCCCAGCGCAUAUGAUCAACGCAUCUUUGACGACCUCGCGGUAGUCAAGGGUAAUGGCUUCACCAAGCAGAAGAAUAAGAUGAAGCGCGGCAGCUUCCGCGCGGGUGCCAUUGACCUCAACCAGAGGGCGGGCAUCAGGUUCGAGGACUAG